UACCGCUUGUUCAUUACAGUCGCCAUUAUUGUCGUGUGAGAGCUAAUGAAAUUCAAAGAUUUUGUGGGAUUUAUGGCUUAAAAAGGAGUUUGAUUUUAUAACCAAAUUUCCUCAAAGACGACGGAGGUCAUGGAGUGACCAUGAGCCACCCAAAUCCAACGGGAAACGGCUGCAGUCUAGAGGAUUGCCACACCAACCUCUUUGCUUUGACUGACUUAGCGGGUAUCAAGUGGCGUAGACUGACUCAUGGAAACGUCUUCUGUAUUGACCCAUUGGAUGACCCUAUUCUGUUAGCCUUCACCAAGUGUAUUCAAGCUGAUAUAUUAUGUGUGUGGCGACGGGUUCACAAAGCAAGUGAACAGAGAAUAAAUAAUGACUACCUGAGCAAAAAAGAGCUUUGGGUAUUCUGGUAUGGGGAUGAACCAGCAGACCUCAAGAGUAUAUUGUCUACAGAUUUAUUAGCUGAAGAGGAAGCUGGGUGCUGGGACACUGGCCUGUCUUAUGAAUGCAGAACCUUGCUGUUUAGGGCACUCCAUAACCUUAUUGAAAGAUGUUUGUUAUCACAUAAUUUUGUGCGCCUAGGGAAGUGGUUUGUUUUGCCACUUGAGUAUGGAUCAAACAGCAGUGAUAAAAGUGACCACCUUUCCUUUUCUUUCUCAUUCUUUCUGCAUGGUGAGAGCACAGUGUGUGCCAGUGUGGAUGUCCGUCAGCAGCCAGCCGUUUGGAGACCUACUCUACAACACCUUACCUUAGCUCAGAAUGCACAGAAUGGGAUGCCAGUACUUCUGGCCCCAUAUGGUCUGGCAGGAACACUUACUGGACAUAGCUAUAAAGACGCAGAUCAGGACACAAGGAAACUUGUGGAGGAAUGGCAGCAGUUCUACCCCCUGUGUUCAGACAGCAAGGAAGGAGCAGGCAGUUAUCAGAGCAAGCAAAUGCCACAGGUGGUGGAGGUUGUGGUUGGUGGGGUGAGGAUGCGCUAUCCAUCUCGAUACGUCUUGAUGACAGAGUUGGACAACAUGCGUUCCAGGACAAUCUGUGGCACUGGACAAGGACGCGGAGAUGCCAACAGGACCAGUGGGUUGCCUCUACAUACAGCCUCAGCCCUUCUCUCCCCUCCCACCUCUCCAGCCUCUGGCCAGGUGAUAGGAGACACCUGCCUGAAAGGUUUGCCACUCACCUCCCUAGAUGAAGGCAAGAGGCUAGGUUCUCAAUUCACAGAAACCCUCAGUGAUCUUAUUGUGGAGCGGGUGUGGCAGGAGAGUUGCUUGGCUGUGCCCUCAAGCAAAAGGUCUGUGGGAAAUGAAAAUGGUAUUGAAGAAAAUACAGUUGGAAACUGGGAUUUUGUUGAUCCAGUGCAAAAGGCUCAUUGUUCUUGUACCAAAUUGAAGGGUAACAAACAGAGGCUGGGAUUUGGACAGAACAAAUCUGGCCUUCCUGGGGGUAAAGAGAAAAGGGGAGAUAAACUGGAGAAAACUGAAAAGGAGAAAUCCAGACUUUCAAGAGGAAUGACACCAUUUCACAGACGGUCUCCUUUGAGUGAUGAUUUGCUUACACAAGACUUAGACAUAAUGAUUCAGAGAGGAAGUGGAGGUCUUCAAGGAACAGGGAACGGGGCAGAUUAUCCCUUCAGUGGGUAUAAGAGUCAGCCUGGAUCUAACCUACCUCAGUUCAGAACUCCAAAUUUUGAGCAGGGGGGAAUGGGUAUCCCUCGCUCUGAUGCUCCCUCUCCCUUAGUGGCUACUCACAGCCAGCCGUGUGAAGGUGGGCAGUCCUCCGAUCCUACCAUGCCCACCCUCAGUCCACACCCACCCCCUAAAAUACAAGACAAGGACCAUGUUAGUAGUGCUAACACUGUCCCACAGGAAUCUUGCAAUUUACCAUCUCAAGAGACAACAGCCACAGCAAAUUGCAACGACGGAUUCACUGCGGGUAAAAUGAACGGAUUACCUCCAAAAGGAAAUAAUUUCAUGCCACCUUAUCACCGUCAUAUGCCAGAGCCAAAGGUUGAAUAUCCACACAGUAAGAGUUGGCUUGAUGCUCAACGCCAUAAGCUGGAGGGUCAGGGAGUGAAAAGACCCAUGUUACCUUGUAAAUUCUAUGAUAGAGAGGAGAUGCAAGAGUCUGGGGAAUUGCUGUAUGAUUUUGGUUUACUCAAUGCAUGGUUAUCUCAUCCUGUGAAGAAGUUCAGAGGAGAUGGUGACCCAGACUCCCCACCAAUGGUGAAACCUGAGCCCAGGCACCCCCAUGGCUAUGGCCAUCCUCAGGUCUCUCCUAAGCAGCACUCUCAGACCUCUUCUGGUCCACCUGUGGACCCCUACGAGUUCUCAGAUGAGUCAUCGUCAAAUGCUGGUAGUUUUAGACCCAGAAGUCUGAGAAAUAGUAGGGAUGAAUUUUCAAGGCCAUCGCCAUUUUCACGCCAAAUGGAAGAGGAAUCCAGGGAGUCUGCUGCAGGCAGAGGGUCAGACAGUAAAGAGGACAGACAUGGACAUGGAGACAUGGGUCCCAUAGGUUCUCCUCUAACUCCUGGAGGCUCGGGUCCUAUGAGUUCAGCCAGUCUCAUGAGGGAGAGUGACAUUCGCCCAAGCAUGAAUGACCUGCAGAACAUAUUUGAUACUUCAGAUGAUGACAGCAAUGAUGAUGCAUUUCAGCCUCCUUCCCCUCCACCCAGCAAUAAACCAGAAGAAACCACCAUUAAGUCAGCAAAGACAACACUUGUCAAUUCAGGAGGUUCUGGUGCCAUAGAUACUACUCAGUUAUCAAGGAUGUUCCCCACCCCACCUUCCCAGGAGAACAACAUGGCCCACUCCCCUUGUACAGGAACUGAUGUCCACACUGACCCCUCUUCAGUGCUGGAUUCCAGAGUGGACCAUUUUGCUCAGAUGAGCCCAUCACAUGAAAACAGGGACUGGAGCUUUGUAUUCAGACCACCGCCUUCAGCAAAGUUUGUGGGUUCUGACAAAUAUGGUCCUAUUGAUCUACCGAGUGCAAAGAUGUCUCCAGUCCAUGUUCCUGUGGAGCUGGCUUAUAGACCAUCUUGGCAGUUUCCCAUCCCAGUCAUUGAGAAACAUCAUCCUCCAGCUAAUCAAAUCCUCCCAGGUGUCCCUGUAGCAGAAAGUACGCCAGUCAGAGGUUUGGGAGAAAAACCUCAUCCCUCUCCAGCGACCUUCACGGGGACUUCCCCUGGGUCUGCAGGGUACAUAGGGCACUCACCUGCAGCUUACCCUGGUCCAGGGACCUCUCCAGCAGCUUUCACAGGUAGCAUGCCUGGGGCUUCUCCAGCAGCAUUCCAUGGGAUGGUCCAGCAACGGACCCCUGCAAGUUAUGAUCUGCAAUCUCCUGCUUCAAAUGCAUCAUCAUAUCUGAAUAAAAAUUUGAGUUCUGUUGAUAAUCAAGGCACAAACUUACAGAUGCCUGAAGCCCAUGGGCUGGUAUUGAAUAUAGUACUCUCUGAAACCCUGCUCAAUUUAUUCAAGGAUCAUAAUUAUGACAGUUGCAAUAUUUGUGUGUGUCAAGGGAACAUCAAGGGGAGCGAUGUUGGGCUUUAUCUGGAUGACCCAACCAAUGAGCCUCAAUACAGGUGCACUUGUGGCUUCAGUGCUGUCAGGAACAGAAUAUGUGGUCAGAACAGUGGAUUAUUCUACGAAGAUGAACUAGAAAUCACUGGAAUUCCCCAUGAUCAUUAUGAAAGGAGGAAACCCAGUUUGUUAGCAAUAGAACCGAAGAAGGAUGAAAAUGGAGUCAGUAAAACUGGGUCUUCAACACUGUCUAGUGAUAUACCACAAGAUUUGUUGUUACUGCUCCAGGAAACUUUCUCUUUCUUCUUCCCAGCUUCAGCAUUCAGGAUAUAUAACCAGCUGGGUAGCCUUGGGGGAGCCCCACUGGAUACACCAUUAAUGGAGAUUAAAGAUGGUUGUGAUGCAUGUUACACUGCCCUUGAGCAGGGAAGACAAGCCACAGAUAACUGCUCUUCACAGAAAUUGGAAGAAUCUGUUGUCAAGGCUUCCUGCCUGCACAAGUGGCCUUACACACACAGAGGUGCCAUCUUGCCAACCAACCCACAAGAUGUGGUGCGAUUAUUGAAGUCUCUACAACCACUCCUCCAAGAUGCAAUACAAAAGAAACGUACCACAAGGUUAUGGGAGCAGGUGUACCAGAUCAGUGGGCCAUUGUCGUGGAAAGAUUUCCACUUGCUUGCAGGAAGAGGAUCUGAUGAGGCACAUGAACCUCAGCCUAUUCCUUCACUAUUGGUGGGAUAUGACCGGGAUUGGUUAUCACAGUCACCAUUGGCAAUCAAAUUCUGGGAUAAACUUCUGCUUGAGCCUUACUGCAAACCUCGAGACAUCGCAUAUGUUGUGGUUGCACCAGAAAAUGAUUUUGUUUUAAAUUAUGUGAGGAAUUUUUUCAAAGACCUGAGCACCAUGUAUGAGUUGUGCAGGCUAGGAAGACACAGUCCUAUUGACAAGGUUCUGAGAGAUGGUAUCAUGAGGGUAGGAAAAACAGCAGCAAGGAAACUUGCUGAGGAACCUGUGGAUGCCUGGUUUACUCAGAUAGGUGAUUCUGUUGUUGCAUCUAAGCUGAAACUGUAUGCACAAGUAUGCAAACAUCAUCUUGCCCCAUUUUUGUCCCAAACCCCACUGGACAAGAUGUUUAGUCCUGGCGGUGGACGGUCUACCUAUAAAUCUGCUGCACACUCGGCUCCUUCUCCUGCACACACACCUGAUGGCCAGGGAGCUGCCACACCAAACCACAAUGAUGACAAAGAUAGAGAUUUUGGAUCAGAGGCUUCAGGCCAUGGUAGUCAUGGGGAUGGUGACCAUGAUGAAGCAUCUGAGGUGCCAGCUUUAAUGGUGUACAUAGUUGACCCAUUUACCCAGGGCCAGCAGUGGGAAGGCAUCAGUAGACUCUCUAUGAUGGGACUUCUCAGGUGCUAUCAAGAGUUAAUCAAUAACUUGCCUGAGAGCUUACAGAACAAUGUGCACUUGCAGAUAUUGCCUCUCCAGACCAUCCUAGAUCGCAGUGGGGAUUGUAACCAUAUGCAGCACAUGAAAUCCAUGGCCUUCUCUAUCUUUAGUCAGUGUAGGCAGGCCCUGACACACACUGUGGUAGGAAGGACUCUCACAGGAUUUGGUCCAGCUGCAGCUGCUGAAGCUAUUUGCAAAAGAAGCAUGCAGGAUAAAAUGAAGAUUCAAAACAAGCUGUAUAGUCCACCAUAUGUCCUAGCCCCCAUGAAAGACAAGCAAUCCCAGCUGGCUGAGACUUGUGGAGAGGUCAGAGAGCGGAGUGCCAAGUUUUUCUGUGGUUACUGCCUGUCAGAGGACCAGAGGUGGCUCCUGGCAGUAUGCACAGAUGACAGAGGAGAUCUGAUGGAGACCUGCACUAUUAACAUUGAGAUUCCAAACAGAAACAGAAGAAAGAAGGCUUCGGCUAGAAAGAUUGGACUACAGAAGCUGUGGGACUUCAUUCUUAGUGUGAUAUCAACUACCACCCUACCUUGGAGACUGGUCAUUGGGAGGUUUGGCAGACUGGGGCAUGGAGAGUUGAAGGGUUGGUCAGGGUUAUUGAGUCGAAAGUCCUUAUUGCGCGCCAGCAAGCAGAUGAGAGAUAUUUGUGACCAGUGCUCUGUUCUGAGUAAUAAUGACUACCCCUGCAUUUUGAGUGCCUGCCUGGUGUCCAUGGAGACUCAGAGUACAUUCCUGGUACUGCCUGACUCUGUGAAACCAGAGGAGAAGAGGGCCAGCAAUGCUCCCCUAGACACUCCACAUGAUGCCUCUGUCACACACAUAUUGGUAUUCCCAACAUCAUCUACAGCUCAGCCCAAUACUUCUGCUCAGACAAACGAACAUGACUUGGCAGCUCAGCUAGGCACAGACCUUGGAGAUGAUGACCCUCUCUUUGCUGGACUCUCUGAAGAUCUGAACAUUGAUCAAGAUCUGAACAGUUUCUUUGGUUUGGCCGACUCUCCCAACCAGUCCCCUGUGGGGUCUCCCAAGGCUGAUGGCCCAGGUUCACCUGGGAUGGGAGUGGGUGGUAGACAGUCUCCUUCUCACUACACACCAGGAGGAAAGACAAACAGAGGAGCAUCCAUUUCCCUGGACUUGCAAGAAGAGGCCAAUCUUCUGCAGCAGCCAUUGGCUAUGGGGUACUACCUGUCCACAGCAAAGACUGGGCCACUGCCUAAGUGGUUCUGGUCCUCUUGUCCACACAAGGAGAAUGUAUGCCCUGUCACUUUUAAGGCUGCCCUCCAUGUGCAUGUUCCUAUGGUGCAGCAAAAUCAGGAUGAACUAUUCCACACCAAUAUGAAUAAGCUGUCCCAUCCACUGGAUUCAAAUGCCACUUGUGAUGUUUUAAGGUAUGUCUUGGAGACGUAUAAUGCUCUGUCAUGGCUUACCAUUGAUCCUGCCAAAAAUGACCGUCGCACUUGUCUACCAAUCCAUUUUGCCAUCCUCAUGCAGAUCUACCAAGCCAUGAAUGUGUUUUUAUAAACAUUCAGCAAUACUGCAGGUGGAAUAUCAGUGGUCUUUUUUUAGAAAGCUCUUUUAAAGCAUGUGCAACAAAAUUGAACUUGUAUUAAAAGUUGAGCUCUGAUUUCAACAGUAUUUAUCAUUUAUGAAUACAUUAUUGAGAAAGAAGGGUAGCAUGAUGCCUGUUUCUUUGAAAAGGCUGCAAGUCUUAGAACUGUUAUUCCUUCGUGUCUUCUCUUGUAAUAUUUGACAAGCAUUUAAAGUGCAAUGAAAAUGGAACUCUUUGCAGAAUAAGAAAGAAAUGACAUAAAAUCUAUGUAACGUUUACUUGAUGUCAUUUUCAAAUUGCAAUCUAGUCGAAGAUUAGCCAUUGUGAUAUAUUUUCAUAAUAUCGAAACAAUGGUAUAUAAUUUGGUAUGAGAUGUAUGUAUUACUGAUACAGUGCAAGCCAGUUGUUCACAUGCAAUUCUUCAUAGAAGCAUUUUAUAUCUUGUAUAUAUGAAGGCAGAUAUGUAUAUAAAGAAUAUAAGAAGUGAAAAAAGUGCGAAGAGCAUCCUUCAGAAAGCAUAAAAUGCUCAGAUUCAAGUUCACCUGCCAAAAUAGAUAAAUAUUUAAAAAUUUCUAUCUGGUGUAUAGAAGUUGCAAUGUUUUAUCAUCAGUAUAUAAUGUUCUGGAACAUUUAGAUGUCACUCCCAUUAUUAUCAAGGCAUUGAAUUAAAAUAACCGUUGUUUUAGUAAAGGGUAAGGUGUAUUUACCAAAACUGAUCAAAUUGUGCAAAAAACACUUUUAGGGUUUCAGAUUUAAGGAAUAUCUUUUCAAUUUCAAAAUGAAAUUGUUGCAUUUCUAUUUAAAAAGACAAAUUUGUGUGUUGAAAAGGGACCCUCUUUUAUGUUGUUGCAUAUUUUAAAUUUUUUCAUCAAAUUACCUCAUUUUCAUGAUUUACUUUACUUGAUUAACUAUACUUUUUUUGUGCGCUGCUGUCUACUUUUUAUACCAUCUUAAUUUUUAUAGAACUGUAAAUGUCAGCAUGUAUAUGCUUGACCUGAGUUAUCAGUAUAUCAUAAAAAAAAAAGUUUUUCUCUAUUUUGGCAAGUAGUUCUCUAGGUAUUUAUGUCACGGUGUCAUCUUGUUGGCUGAUGCUUCUAUGUGAUAGUUGUGUCAUGGGAAGAAUAGGGUACAAUACAGGCAUAUUUAUUGACUGUUAUCAGUGGAAGUGUAGUAUAUUUUAAGACUAGUUUUGUACAGGUGUAUAGCACUGUGCUACAAUAAUGCACGUAAUAGAUAUAUUAGAAAAUAUUUAUUAUUAUAGUGUAAAUAGUUGUGCACGAUAUUCUGAGCCCAGUGGCAUUGACGAAUAGGUGGUGAGAAGUAAGGCAACCAUACCACAGCUGUGUGAAAAGAUAGGAAAACAGGCCUUUACUUGCCUACAGGUGCUUCUGCAACAGCUGUACAUUGUGCAACUUUGUGUGUAGACAGUGCCCAUGAAACUUGAAUCAGAAAAAAUGGUCACACAAUCAUGUAUAAUCUUUAUCAUGUUGUAGUUGUGAUGCUUGGUUAAAAAAUCAUGGAGAUGUGAUAUAUCAUCAGCUGUUGCCAUGUAUAGUAGCUGUGAAAAUUCCAAAUAUUUUAGCAGUUCAGAUUAUAAUCCAACGUAACUGUAAGUUAAACUAUUGAAAUUGUUAUAUUUUCUUGGUUGGAAGUACAGUAGCCAGCCAUGCAAAAAUAAAAUUAUAAUCAAAAUAA